AUGACUAAACUCAUAUUUGUUCUACUCGCCGCGACGGCCCUCGCCCAACAACAGGGCUUCGGCGGCCAACAAGGUCAACAACAAGGAGGUUUCAACGGAAACAACAAUGGAGGGUUUGGAGGCGUCUCCGGAGCCCCAGGAUUCGGUGGCCAGACCGGAUCGCCACCACCAUUCGGAUUUUCUGGAGCCCCGGGGGGAUUCGGAGGACAAAACGGAGGAUCCCCACCACCAAACUUUGGAGGUAACGGACAAGGAGGAUUUGGUGGAAACCAAGGAGGAAACCAAAAUGGAGGUUUCGGAGGACAACAGAAUGGCGGAUUCUCUGGAGCUCCACAACAGGGAGGUAACCAAGGUGGAUUCGGAGGUAAUCAGCCAGGAGGAAAUCAAGGAGGAUUCGGUGGAAAUCAAGGAGGAAACCAAAACGGAGGAUUCGGAGGUCAACAGAACGGCGGAUUCUCUGGAGCUCCACAACAAGGAGGUAACCAGGGUGGAUUCGAAGGUAACCAGCAAGAUAGUAACCAAGGAGGAUUUGGUGGAAACCAAGGAGGAAACCAAAACGGAGGAUUCGGAGGACAACAAGUCACAGGAGCCCCAGGAAACGGCCAACAAGGAGGCCAUUUCCUUGGAAAGAGUCAGGUUGAGAAUGCGCCCCCAACCGGGAGACCAGAACGUCCACCAAGAUCAUCCUCAGAGGAAGAAGAAGGACGUCGUCACGGAGGACCACCACAUGGAAACCAUAAAGGACCAAGAGGGACCGGAUCACCUCCAACCGGAAGUCCACCAACCGGAAGACCAGAAGGACCAGGAGGAAGAGGACCAAGAACUGGAAGUCCUCCAACUGGAUCACCACCAACUGGACGACCAAUGAGAGAGAAGAGACAGGCUCCAGGAGCUCCACCAACCGGAUCACCACCCCCAAGACCAUCGGGAGCCCCAGGAUCCCCACCACCACCACCACCAUCAGGAGCUCCACCAACCGGAUCUCCACCUCCACCACCACCACAAAGCGGAGGAUCACCACCACCAGGAGCCCCACCAAGCGGAUCGCCACCACCAAGACCAUCAGGAGCCCCACCAGCAGGAGGAAGCCCACCAACCGGAUCCCCACCACCACCAUCACCACAAGGAGGAGCUGGACCACGUGGAAAGAGACAAGUUUCAGGUGUCCAACCUCCACCACCACCGCCAGGAGGUAGUCCACCAACUGGAGCCCCACCAACUGAUCCCCACCACCUCCACCAAGCGGUGCUCCACCAAAGAACGGAUCCCCACCACCACCACCACAGAAUGGAGGAUCCCCACCACCAAGACCUUCAGGAGCCCCACCAACCGGAUCCCCACCUUCACCACCACCAUCUGGAGCUCCUGUCCGUGGCAAGAGACAAGCUGGAAGCCCACCACCACCACCACCAUGACCAGCUGGAUCCCCACCAACUGGACCACCACCAACCGGAUCCCCACCACCAAGACCUUUUGGAGCCCCAGGAUCCCCACCAACCGGAACCCCACCCCCACCAAAGGGAUUCUUCGCCAAACUUUUUGAUUUCUAAAUUUUCUUACUGUAUCAUUUUUGUAGUUUGA